UUCAAUCUUCCCGCAUGGAACUGGGCGAGGCUGCAGGAGGAGGACUCCGCCGCGAGCGCGACGCCGACGCAUCUGGCCAACCGGCAUCAUCAUCAUCAUCGUCAUCGUCAUCGUCGUCAACCUCAGCAUCGUCGUCGUCCAGCAGCGCAGCCACGGCCGGCGAUGGUGCGCAACACGCGGCCAAACGCGCGCGGUUGGAUGACGGCGGCAGCCGAGAGAACGCGAUUGACACGCCAGGAGCAGGCCGCGGGCGCGGAAGAGGGCGCGACGGCCAUCGUGGUGGCAAUGGCGGCCCUCAUGGGCAUCGCGGCGAGGGCGGCAGUCGCGGUGGUCGGGAUCGUGAUCGCAGCAGCAGCAACAGCAACAACAACAACGAGGACGACGAGCCAGGCGCACCGCAGCGCCGCUCGCAAGUCAUCCCAACCAUCAUGUCGUCGGCAUCAUCCUCAGCAGCAUCGGCAAUAGCGACAAGCUCCACCGCCAAGCCGUGGGGCCGCGUCGCCGAUUCCACAGUCAAGCUCAUGCCAAAGUCGCUCGCUGCUGCUGAAGCUGCUGCAACUGCUGCUGCUGCUGCUGCUGCCGAGGCUGCGUCAUUCACUUCCGGAGGAUCGUCUGGCGGGAGAUCACACUCGAGUCGAGGCGGUGGUGCACCAACCGAUGCGGAAUCGCUGGCCAAGUUGACCGCGCCCGACGCGCCGCCAGUGACCUUUGUCGGACGUGCUGCUGCGUACCAGGACGAGGACGCGGGCAUCACAGAGUACCUACACCCGGAGCUGCCGAGUUUCUUUGGCGUCAUCAAGCAACGCUACUCUGACUUUAUCGUGCACGAGCUCGAUCAAACCGGUCGCGUGGUCCACCUCACGUCGUUCGACGUACCGCUGACCGCUUCCGAGAUUGCUGCUGCCGCGAACGCAGAGAUCGUGGCGUCCACGGCAGCAGUGCCCGAGCCCAUCGUUCCGUCUGCGGAGGCCGUUGCAGCCGUUUCGCUCUUGCUCACUGCGAGCCAAGUCCAAGCGCUCCAGGCCUUCCUUGCCAACAACAAUCGAGCCGACUACUAUCACUUUGAGCCGCAGGGGGAGAUGGACAAGCAGCAGCGCACCGCUUUGCACCAGGCCUUCCGUCAGCACUUUCCCUACUUGACUCUCGAUGGCACAUGGGCUGGGGCUCGCGGCACGGCUGGCGCGCCUGCACCCGCGCCUGCCAACCCCCCUCCCACCGCUGACGGCGAGAGUGGCACAGCGACGGUCCCCACGUCGACGGUUGGUCCGACCGCCUGUUCCUUCCGAGUAGGGUUUGCACGCGUUGACGACGGAGCGACGUCCAAGCUGGGUGCCGUUCGAGCCAAGGAACUGUGGGCUCAGGGCGAGUACUGCGAGUUUGUGCUUCUCAAGGAGAACCGAGACACCACCAACUGCAUCUACAUCAUGUCCAAGAUUCUCGGCGUCCGAUCGACGGCCUUCUCCUGGGCUGGCACCAAGGACAAGCGCGCCAUCACCGUUCAACGUCUGACUGCGCAUCGUGUCGAUCCCAAAGCGCUCAAAGCUGCCAAUCAAGACCUGCACGGCAUGCGUCUUGGCAACUUUACCAUCACUUCUCGCCAGCUGCGUCUUGGUGAUUUGUCGGGCAACCGCUUUGCCAUCACCAUCCGCGAGCUGGCGGACAAGCCACCCGUCAUGUCGAGUGCAGUGGAAGCGUCCGAAGCCGCAGCAGCAUCCGCAGCGGUAACAACAGCGACAGAAGAGUCGGCUUCUGAGGCCAACGAGGACGAAUCUGCGGAGGGUGCCACGUCCAUGGAGAUUGACGGAUCCAUCGACGAGGCAUCCACAUCCACGCCAAUGGACGAAUCCGCUGAAGACGCGGCCAUCGCAACCGAAGAGUCCCUCGAACAAAGCCAACCUGCCGUCUCGAUGGCGGAAAUGGAAGCGCGUGUUCGCUCGGCGGUCGAGAGCUUGAAGCGCGACGGAUUUAUCAACUACUUUGGCCUGCAACGGUUUGGCACAACAGCGGUACCAACGUGCGACAUUGGCUUGGCGAUUCUCGAGGGGGAUUGGAACCGAUGCGUCCAGUUGUUGCUGGAACCGCGGGCUGGCGACGCUCCCGACGUUCACCUUGCGCGCCUUCACUGGGUGCGCUACCGCGACGCUCGCGCCGCGUUGCAAAUCUUCCCGACUGCCUCUACUAAUGAACGCGAGCUACUGAUUGCCAUGCUGCGAAUUGGACUGUCAGAUCCGGCACGCUGUUUCCAGUCCCUUCCACGACACACGCAGACCCUGUACAUCCAUAGCUACCAGAGCAAGAUUUGGAACGAGCUUGCCUCCGAGCGUAUUCGCCGCUACGGCUACAAGGUCGUGGUCGGCGAUCUGGUCCAACGCGGAGCACAUUCGUCUGGCGCUGAUGCCAAUGACGAGGAUGGCGAGGCUGCCGCUGGCGACGCACCCACCGCUGGUGGCGACGAAGCAUCUGCCCCAGCCGUCUAUUCUGGAGCGGGAGCAUCGACCUAUGAGGCGACCGAUGAAGCCGAUGCCGCAUUCUCGGCACGCAUGAACGCGUCAGUGACGCUGAUUGAAAACGAGGAGCAAGCAGCCAGCUACGACAUUUCGGACGUUGUUCUGCCAGUGCCCGGCUAUGGCGUGCGCAUGCCCACGAACGAAAUGGGCAGCCGAAUGGUUGAGCGUCUUGCCCAAGACAAGCUCACGCUGGCUUCAUUCAACCACUCGCAUCGUCCAGUCCGUUCAUUCGGCGACUAUCGGCACAUCAUCACUCGGGCGGCCGAGCUCGAGUUCAAGUUCUACCACUACAACGAUUACACCAAGCAGUUUUCGUACACUGACGCCGAUCGCCUGGACAACAAGCCAGAGCCUGAAGACGAGCCCGACGGCAAACUGCUUGCGCUCCAAAUCGAGUUCAACCUGCCUUCGUCCGCGUACGCGACCAUGGCACUGCGCGAGCUGAUGAAGAUUGCCACCUCUGCGUCGUACCAUUCCCAGUACACGCCCAAGGUCAAUGCAGCAGCGGUCACGGCGCGAUCGGAAGCGUGGCGCAACCGUGUUCGUGGCGGAUCUGGAGGCGGCCGCGGUCGUGGCGGCUUUGGCGGCGGUCGCGGUGGCGGUCGCGGUGGCGGUCGUGGCGGCGGUCGUGGCGGCUUUGGCGGCGGUCGUGGAGGCGGUCGUGGAGGCGGUCGUGGAGGCGGCCGAGGAGGAGGCGGUCGUCGUUUUGAGUAGUUUGACCAUUUCCCAAACCAAAAACGCGCUUUGCACUCGUCGAGUGAUUUUCGCACCGAUUGUUUUUUGAUUUCGUGACAUCACUCCACCAAGCUGCAAUAAACACAUUCAACCCA